AUGGGCCUCGCCACCGAGGACACGCCUGCAGAGGGACCAAGGCCUGGCCGCAGGGAGCCUGGAGCCAGAGGAAUGGCCCCUGAGGCUGCAGACCCCCUCCCAGGGCGGGACCUUCAAAUGUGGCUGGCAUUUGCCCUGAGGGGGGAUCUGUUGGACCUGGAUCAGAAAGAACUGCAUAAAGGAGGUCAUGCUGGAAUGCCGAGAACUUGUUUCCUGGGUCUGGAGGCUAAACAAACAAAAUUUUCCCCACAGUCCAGCCAGGAUGUGUCUAAAACCAAAUUUGAACUUGGGGUUCCUGACUGCAGGCCUGAGCCUUAUAAAUGUAAUGAAUGUGGAAAGGCUUUCACAUGGAGUGACAGUCUUCGGGAACAUCAGAGAAUGCACACUGGAGAGAAGCCUUAUAAAUGUAAUGAAUGUGGAAAGGCUUUCACACGGAGUGACAAUCUUCGUGAACAUCAGAGAAUCCACACUGGAGAGAAGCCUUAUGAAUGUAAUGAAUGUGGAAAGGCUUUCACACAGCGCUGCAAGCUUACUUUCCAUCAGAGAAUCCACACUGGAGAGAAGCCUUAUGAAUGUAAUGAAUGUGGCAAGGCUUUCACAAAGCACUUCGCCCUUGAAGUACAUCAGAGAAUCCACACUGGAGAGACCUAUGAAUGUAAUGAAUGUGGAAAGGCUUUCACACAGCUUUCCAGUCUUGCUGUCCAUCAGAGAAUGCACAGAGAAAAGCCUUAUGAAUGUAAUCAAUGUGGAAAGACUUUCACGAAUUGCUCCAGUCUUGCUAGACAUCAGAGAAUGCACACUGGAGAAAAGCCUUAUGAAUGUAAUCAAUGUGGAAAGACUUUCAUGAAUUGCUCCAGUCUUGGAAAACAUCAGAGAAUCCACAAUGGAGAGAAGCUUUAUAAAUGUAUUGAAUGUGGAAAGACUUUCACAGAGAAAAGUCUUCAUGAACAUCACAGAAUCCACACUGGAGAGAAGCCUUAUGAAUGUAACAAAUGUGGCAAGGCUUUCCCAUGGCGCAGCAAUCUUAUUGUCCAUCAGAGAAUCCACACUGGAGAAAAGCCUUAUGAAUGUGAUGACUGUGGAAAGGCUUUCACACGGCGCAGCAAUCUUACUUUCCAUCAGAGAAUCCACACUGGAGAGAAGCCUUAUGAAUGUAAUGAAUGUGGAAAGGCUUUCACACGGAGUGACAAUCUUCGUGAACAUCAGAGAAUCCACACUGGAGAGAAGCCUUAUGAAUGUAAUGAAUGUGGAAAGGCUUUCACACAGCGCAGCAAGCUUACUUUCCAUCAGAGAAACCACAUUGAAGAGAAGCCUUAUGAAUGUAAUGUAUGUGGCAAGAGAAUGCACACUGAGAAAAGCCUUAUGAAUGUAAUCAAUGUGGAAAGACUUUCACGAAUUGCUCCAGUCUUGCUAGACAUCAGAGAAUGCACACUGGAGAAAAGCCUUAUGAAUGUAAUCAAUGUGAAAAGACUUUCACGAAUUGCUCCAGUCUUGCUGUCCAUCAUAGAAUCCACACUGAGAAAACCUUAUGAAUGUAAAGAACAUCAUAGAAUCCACACUGGGGAAAACCUUAUGAAUGUAAUCAGUGUGGAAAGAAUUUCAGAAAUUGCUUCAGUCUUGCUAGACAUCAGAGAAUCCACACUGAAGAAAAAUCCUAUGGACUUAAUCAGUGUGGAAAGAAUUUGA